AUGGCUUCAACCCAUCAAGAUGCUCAAACCAAAUUACUUUGGGUUUGGUCCCCUGAAUCGGAUGUACAUGCGGUUGCAGACAUAAAUUUGUUUACCGAGUACACUGAAUAUGCCUCCGAAGGCAUCAGUACCUGGGUGUUCAAAGAAUCACGCAACGUCCGCGUCGUGGGUAUUGGCACAAUCGAGGCAUCGUUCGUCAAGGGAGACAACGCAUUUUUCACUGUCAUGUUGACGGAUGUCUUACAUGUACCCGAUCUUGGAUUCAACAGUAUAGGGAACACGGAAGAUAUCGGCGCAGGUGCUAAUGCGGAGAAAGAGACCGGUUAUAUUCUCGAUUGCCAACGCAAUAUCAUUGCCUGUUUACGGCCUCUCGGGAACAAAGCCCUAAAUUUUUGGCCUCAACAAUGCGACCCCUCCACUGGACUGGCGAUAGAACUUCAAUAUACUUCAUAUGACGAGCUUUUGCGCGAAUAUCAACACUUACUUAUCUGGGAACGACAGGAGCGUGAACGUUGGAAAUCCCAUGCACGUAAGGCAACAUUGCAGUAUGACGAGUCCGACACAUGCUAG